GUCAUCGUCUUCACUAGAAGGAAACGACCUGUAGCGAAAAGAUGUUUCUUAUAAUGAGUCGAAGUACACGUUUAAACAUGGCGACCUGACCGAGGGUUUAUUGAAGCCACGAUGUAUGGCAUGCUACUUGAAAGCAUCCAGCAUUACUUAAAAGAAAUCUACGGUGAAGAGGUUUGGAAUAAGAUCCGUUCUUUAGCAGGUGUCGAGAAUCGAGUUUUUGUCACGCAUCAUCGUUACAGUGAUGAUUUAUUCCUCAAACUCGCUGAUGGCGCUGUUGAAGUCGUCGGAAAACAAAACGGAUGGAAGAAGAAGGAUUUCAUGAAAUUUUUCGGAAACUGCUUCGUGAAAUUUUUCUCCAAUUAUGGCUAUGACCGCAUUGUGCGAGUGACUGGAAGAAAUCUUGGGGCUUUCUUAAACAGCAUCGACAACAUACACGAACAGAUGAGGUUUGGGUACCCGAAAAUGGAGUCUCCUAGUUUUUACUGUGAGGAUGAAACGAGUUCAGGACUAUCACUUCAUUAUUUAUCAAAGCGGAAAGGAUUUAAAUACUAUGUCAUUGGCCAAAUAGAACAAGUCGUUCGCGAGUUUUUCCCAAUGGAAAUUGAGAUAACAGUAAUUGGACAUCAACAAACAGCGCACAACUCACAUGUUAUCUAUCGUUUAAAUUUCGACAACCAGUCAUCGAAGCCUUUUAUUCCUAAAGCACUGUCCCCUCCUGGGAAGACUAUUCCCAAAUGGCUCUCUCUGGAUACUUUCUUCGAGAUUUUCCCGUUUGGUUUUGUUAUUUCUCGUAAUAUGAAGAUAAGCAUGGCGGGUUCGUAUAUUUUAACCAUACUUGGAGACUCUGUACUUGGAAUGGAUGUAUGUGAGGUGUUUGCUCUUAGAAGACCAAAGGUUGAAUUCACAUGGGAAAACCUACAAAGGAAUCCAGUCGUCUUCGAAUUAAUCUCCAAAAUCCCAACCAAACCUGCAUCAUCAACAACUUUUUGCAAAGAAUGUCAAAGCCCAUCCUUAAAAGAAUACCCCAAAUGUACCUUCAUGAAACCCAACUGUGACGUCAUCGACAGUGGUUACCAUAGUGAUUAUAAAGGUUCAACUUGUCGGACAAAAACUGCCACAUUAAAUGGUGUUAAUGUGCACUGUAAUGGUGUGAAGAAGUGGAAUGGUUUUACAAGUGCCGGCACUGAGACGACAGACGACGAAAAUCAAAACGAAGUUGGAAAAAGUUAUGAAGGUUUGGCCAAUAAGGACCUUGUAAAAACAAAAAAUGGUUUUAAUUGUUUGUUAAAAUCGAAUGAUAAGACAGGAUUGUGGAGAAGCAAGGCAAGAUGGGAUCUUCAUACAGCAAGCAAGUCUAGUCUUGGAUCAUCAGAUACAGAAGGUGACGAAACGAGCGCCAAACGACAGCGCAGUCUUCACCUCAAGGGAGAAAUGAAGUAUAUCUCUUCCUGGGGGAAGGUGCUUUUUGUGUGUUCACCUUUAAUAAGUGACCUGGACGAGAUGGUAGAGUUAGGUCUCUACAUGAGUGACCUGGGUAUUUAUGACAGAUCUCAAGAGAUGGUGUUAUCUGGUAUCAAACCAUUACCACAACUAGAGUAUGCGCGUGAUCAGCUAAUAGACAAAAGUGCAAAAUUGGAAGAAAACUUAAGAAAACUUGAAGAGGAAAGACAACGAAGCGACGAACUUCUGUACAGUAUGUUACCAAGACCUGUGGCAGAUCGACUCAAAAAUGGUGCAAAACCAAUUAAUACUUGCGAGUAUUUUGAAAGUGUUACUGUCCUGUUUAGCUACCUGGAUGGGUUUAUCAAGCUGUGCUCUAGUGUGGAUGCCAUGGAAGUUGUCACUAUUGUCAAUAAGAUGUUUAUUACCUUUGAUAACCUCAGCGAAAAGUAUGAUGUCUAUAAAUUUGAGACCCUAGGGGAUGCUGUAUACAUGGCGGUCAGCGGGGCUCCUGUUAGGAAGGUGCGCCACGCAGAGCCUAUGGCGGCUAUGGCUUUAGCAAUGAUGGAUUCGAUGACGAUGUUUCUUAAAGACAUCACUAAACACACCUUAACGUUGUCAAUCGGCAUGCAUUCUGGCUCAACAGCCGCUGGAAUAGUAGGACAGAAGAUGCCACAAUAUUGUUUAUUCGGAGAUACUGUAAACAUCGCUGCAAGACUACGAACAACAUCCUUGCCGAUGAGAAUUCACAUCAGUGAUAGCUGCGACGCCUGUCUCAAGGGCACAGAAUUUCAGACAGAGUUUCGGGGAUACAUACCCUUAAAGGGACUCAAGGAAGAAAUGAAAACCCAUUGGUUAAUAGGAAGGAAAGAUGAGAUAUUAAAGGAACAGAGAAGCUAACGUAUGACUAAAUUGAGUGAAUCUCGACAGCACUGCGAGUGGUGUAGCUGCGAAUAAAUGGUAGAUCUUGACGAAAAACCUCGAGCAGGGUGGUGAAAUACCUCCCUGAAUCGAAGAGUAAUCUUAAUUUGUACAAUUGAGAACUUUUUUAAACAUUCAAUGUUUUUGUAUACCGGAAGAGCAAUGGGUAAAUGGGCUUUCAAAUUUGUGAAUUCUAGCGACAAAGCCAGGAAGCUUUGGGUUGGAUUUUCCGAGAUGAAAGGAGGCGAUAGUUGAUUGGAUCCUUGAAGGAGCUAAAGUUUGAGUGGGCAAGAACACUCUUUCUCAAAUAAUAAUCCUAUUUCGUCUUUUGUAUUCAAAUCUUUUUAACCAAGAAUAUGAUUUUAUAUUUU